CUCGCGCCUUCUUGCGACUGUGCCUCGGCGGGAGCGCAUCUCGAUCCAUACAGCAUCACCGAUGCGCGACCCUGCAACGCCACGGAACCGCAAGAGUGCCAGGUUGGCGAUUUGUCGGGAAAGCACGGAGCGAUGGCUGGACCGACUUUUGUUGUCACGUAAGAGGCAGCACUCUCGACGAGCGAACAGGUUGAAGUUGGCAUACAUGAGUGACUGACAGCUCCACAUGCAUCACGCAGAUAUUGGGAUGGAUACCUCGCAACCCUCAACACCUCUAACGCUUUCGUCGGAAACCGAAGUCUGAUGAUUCACUUUGCGAAUGGCACAAGUCUGGCGUGUGCCAAUUUCACCAUGAGCCAGCCCGGAGCAGCGACGAUUGGCAGUGGCGCCAAUACCGUUGUCAUUGGGACCACCGUGACCGUACCAGUCACGCAGACAAUCCAAGGAGAACAACCACAAGCCACGCAAGCUCCUUCGGUCCCGCCUCCUGCUGCACUUCCUCUUGCCAGUACGCCUGGCGUGGUGUCUGGCUUCGUCCCUGGAGCGAUUGCAAGUACAGCACAACCUGCUCCCAUACUGCCCGCUUCUGCUGAUGGUCCUUCCACAUCGCCCAUAACGAGCAAUGUCCCGUUCAUCCUUUCGCAAGCGUUAAGCUCCCUGACAAAUGCGAAUACUUCUCCAUCGCCCAGCAUGCCGGCGUCCCAACCGCCGGCCAUGCAUUUCAAUCCACAAUCUUGGCCGCCGGCAGCCCCUGAAGCCUCUCAAGCAACGCCGCUCACUGUCACCGUCACUCGCAGCUGCAGCAGCAGCACGGUCCCGAUCGAGACUGCGAUGCCUUCGUAUGUACCUCCUGGCGCACCGGCGACUGUCGACGUCUAUGUCAAUCUUCCGAUGGGCUCGGGAGGGAACUCAUCGACAUGGCCGACUUCGCCAAUCACAUCUACUUCUCCAGGAAUCGUCGCAGGCCAUCCGGUGUCGUCGCCGAGUACUUCUGAUUGCAACACGACCACACUGACAGUAUUCACGGUUCCAGGCACAGCAGCAACGCCGAUACCCUCGGUGAGCGCAGCAACGACAACAGUGGUUCAGACUCCAUCUGCAACAACGACUUCUGGACCGCGUACCAUCACGGUCACGCACACCAGAAGUCCAACAAUUACUACGACGGUCCCUUAUGUCACCACGGUACUUGUCCCGUCCACUCAGACAGUCGUGACCACCAGCCAAAGUGUUGAGAUCCUGACCACGACUGUUCCAAUCGCCAUCACCCGGAUGGUAGUGAACACUUCUCCAUCUGUGGAAACACUUACCUCGACUAUAACCACCGUGCGACCACCAAGUUCUCUAUCGCCAUCAGGAACUCUUUCGAUUGUUACUGUGACAGCGACGGUCUCGGGCACCACCAUGACAAGUAUCUCAACGGGACUUGUGCCCACAAUCGUCACUACUGUCCACGACACUAUCACAGUCACGACCUCUAUCAUUCAGCCCACGACGGCUACCUACAGCAUCACACAAACGCCGACGACGUGGACAUAUACGACGACAGUGACAUCUUUAGGCAUCAUCGGGUCUGUCACGAGCUACUUGUUUGGCCCAGCAACCACAACCAUUCUCCCUCCGCCACCGACAGUGAGCAUUCCCGUGGUCGUGACACCGACAGUGGCCGUCCCGUUGGUCACCACAAUCGCACUCGCCUCUCCGGUGACGAUUCCAGUCGUGACGGCAUUGACAACAGUCAUUCCACCGAACCUCCCACUUCUCCGCAUUCCGAUGCCGUUUGUCCAGGCCGCAACGACGAUUCCUCUCACCAUCACAGAGCCAUCAACGACCUUGACGACCACGACAAUCAUCCCCGAACUCACCCUGACAACCACUCUUUCGACCAGCUUGCCGGAUAUAUCUCUGACCGCGCCUCUCCCGCUGACGACCGACCUCACCACCGACGUCGUCCUCACGGAGCUCACGCUGACCACGCCCGACGUCGCGGCCCCCGACCCGACCGACGCCAACGAAGACACGACGACCACGAUCGAAGUCGGCCCUCCGGCCGUCACGGACCCGCCAGCCGCAGACACCCCUCCCACCGACUCGAUGGAGCCGCUGACGCCGCCGGAGACGACCGUCGUCACGACCACGGUCGACGCCCACGCCGCUCCGCGGGCCCGCGCCUUUCUCGGCGGCAACAAGGGGAGCCAAGGCAGCAGCUUCGGGGUCGGACUCCUCGGGUUCAUCGCGGGCGCAGUGCUGCUCUGAGACCAAAGCUCAAAGAUGGACCCCCCAUGCACGAACCCUCGUCUUCCGCGGGGAGAGGCGGUUCUUCAUCGGGCGGCGAGAGAAGAAGGUUCAGCGCGCACCGGCCAUCGCUCGCAAGUGGG